AUGCAUUUACCCUUCCUGUUACUGGUACUAGGAUCUUCUGUAGCUUUGAGAUCUAAAGUUGACCAACAUCAUAAAGUAUCCCAUGUAGAUUCCAAUAAAUAUUCGAUCGCCGCCGAGAAGAAAUUUCUUCUCUAUGAUGUGAACUUCGGAGAAGGAUUCAAUUUGAGAAGAGAUGUCUACAUGCGGGUUGCAAAUACAGUAAGAUUGCUUCGGGAAUCUGGAGAAAAUUGGAUUCUGGUACUGCCUCCGUGGGGACGUCUUCAUCAUUGGCAACGAAUGCAAGUCGCACUUUCAUGGAGACUUUUCUUUGAUUUAGAAAGUUUGAAUCGGUUUAUUCCAGUGAUGGAAUUUGAAGAUUUUCUAGAUGAAAAUCGACCAAUCGAUCAAGUGAUCUACUUGCAACAUUAUGAAGAAGGAUGGGGUACAGAGUAUGUAAGGAAAUUUGAUGAACGAAGAUGUCUUCCACCAGCAGACUCCCAUUACAGAAAAGAAAACGAUUCCAAAUGGAGAGGAUGGUUCUAUUCUUACGAAGAUGUGCAGGCUAGCAAUUUUAAGUGCGUUUCAAUUCAAGGAGAUUCUGGAACUUUGAAAGAUCUUUUGACGCAUUCCAACUUCUCCAGUAUGACUUCUGUAAUGGUGGACAGAGCAGAGACAAUUCUUCACGAAAAUUUUGGAGAUGUGAAUUAUUGGAAAGCGAGAAGAAGUAUGCGGUAUAGCAAAGAUUUGGUGGAGGCUGCCAACGUCUUCAGGGAUAAAUAUUUGGAUUCUGAUGACGAGAACGAUGACACAGAGAUGGUUGCAGAUUGGAGAAAAGAGAGAGCAAAAAGAACUGCAAAGGGAGGACCAUAUUUGGGAAUUCAUUGGAGAAGGAGAGACUUUUUAUAUGCUAGACACGAUCAGUUACCAUCGAUAAAGGGUACUGCUGAGAUUUUGGAGAAAUUAUGUGAGAAGUUGAAAUUGAAUAGGAUCUACUUGGCAACGGAUGCUCCGGAAGAGGAGGUCAAUGAGCUGAAAUCGUAUUUUGGAAAGGAAUUGCAAGUUUUUCGUUUUACGGAUACACAGAAGUAUAAUGAUGGACAAAUUGCAAUCAUUGAUCAGGUAUUAUCUCUGCGCCCAUGCUGCACACUUCAUCGAAGCUACGAAUCCACGUUCACUUUCAGAAUCCAAGAGGACCGUGAGAUCCUUGGAUUCCCGAUUUCAUCAACUUUCAAUCGCUUGUGUCCGGACAAUAUUCCGGAUUGUGAACAACCACCGAAAUGGAAAAUCGUGUACAAAUAA